AUGGACGAUUUCCUAAGUGGCGUGGAAACGAAGGAAGAAGCGAUAAAGUUACGUGACGAAGUAAUUUUAAUAAUGAAAAAAGCAGGCAUGACGUUAAAAAAGUGGUCAUCAAAUGAACCAAGUAUAGUUAGUUGUAUGUCAGAAAAAGAAAAUGCGAACGAGUGUAUUUUUGAAGAAGAAUCAAUAACGAAAAUACUCGGACUGUAUUGGAAUGCGGAUGGUGAUGUAUUACAAUACAAGGUAAAAGAAUAUCAUGACGAAAAUACUACAAUAAGUAAAAGACACAUUUUAGCCGAGACCGCGGCGAUAUUCGACCCGAUGGGACUGGUCGGUCCAAUUAUAGUACAAGCAAAAUUAAUAAUACAGAGCUUAUGGCAAAUUCGUAUUAGUUGGGACGAGCCAUUACCAGAUAACAUACGUAGAGAAUGGAUCAAAUAUAGAAAAGGUUUAUCGAUGUUAAACAAGCUGGCCAUACCACUACCAAUGAACAAGGAGAACACAGCCAAAUUAAUAUGUGCAAAAUCAAAAGUCGCCCCACUUAAAGUUAUAUCAUUGCCAAGGUUAGAACUAUGUGCAGCACUUUUAUUGGCGCAUUUAGUGAGCCGUAUUGUUCCGAAGUUAAAAUUAAAUAUCGCGAAAAAAUAUUUUUGGUCCGAUUCAAAAAUAGUACUAUCAUGGAUAGCGUCUCCAUCGACAAAAUGGAAGACAUUCGUGGCACACCGUAUCGGGGAGAUACAGGAUCUGUCCAACAUAACAGUUUGGGCAUAUGUUAAGUCAUCGGAAAACCCGGCUGAUAUAGUAUCACGCGGGUGCGACGCAGAGCAAAUAUCAAGUAUUAAUUUGUGGUGGAACGGACCGGAAUGGUUAAAAAAACAAUAUCGAGGAGUGGCCAAUAACAGAAAAAACCAGCCAAAAUGA